AUGGCUCCUCUUAUCCUUCAUAACGUCCCAGAUGACGAGUGUUACGUCGGCGACGACGGCAUCAAGCGACCUUACGCCAUGUAUUUCAACCAACAGGAUGCCCCUCAAGGAACUACACGAUCACGUCGCAGCGCCGCCGAGUCUGGUUCGUUCGGUAAAUCAACCCGUCGUUCGCGAUCGCGUACCGGAACACCAGCUCGCAGUCGCGAGAAUCCCACACUAGCUGCUGCAGACAAGCUCUUCGGCGAUUGGGUAUCGAACCAGGCGGCCGCACCUGCUCAGACCGUCCAGCGUAAGAGCAGCGGUAUGAUGCAGGAAGAGGCUGCUACCCAACGACCUGUUACUUCUACGCCCGUCGAGCUGAUCCUCCGCGGCUACCGAUCGUACACGCAGCAGUACGCUGCCAUCUCCCAUUACGAAUCGCUUGCGGGCGCGAUCUUGGAGGAUUAUCCUCGCGAACCUCCUGCCAGCCAACGCCGAUACAAGUCCGAACUACGCGAUCCUGCAUUCACGCGACGCCGUAACCUCACAGCCGAUGAGCGAGCUUUGGUGAACCGCGCUGAUGGUGGAGAUCAUUGGGUCAAGGUUACUUUUGAGAGCAGAGAAGCUGCCGAAGCUGCAACCUUUGCCAGCCCUCAAAGGAUUCUCGGACAUCUUGUGUACGCUGAGCCAUACCGGGGAGUUCCUCCCGCUAAGGACGAGGCCUGCCCUGAUAUCGAGGUCGUCCCUGAUCACCCCCGAUCACAGAGCAUGCCGACAGUUCCCACCACGAAUGGUCGCAAGAACUUCAGCGGGCCAACAUCGUUUAAUAGCCGUCUCCUCGACCUGUCUCCGCCCCAUUCGCAAACCUCCAGCCUGACCAUGGACACUGGAACGAUCAGCAACUCGCAUGCCUCUUCCGCUACGAUCACCGAGCCUCUCCCUCUCCCUAAAGCCACCACAUCGAGCAUUGAACCUAUGGAGAUUCGUGACGAGGACAGUAUCUUCUGUCGCCGCAUCCCGACCGCCCGCCGCGCUACUAUUCUUCCAGCCGAGCAAGCCCUUCUCCCUCAGCAAACCAUGAUGCAGCGCGUAAUUAAUGCCAUUCCAUUCAUUAAGUGGUUUGGUGGCAGCAUGAUUGGUAACGAGGUGCCACGAACCGAGACAGGCGAAUUCGACUGGAGCAAGGCAAGCUUGUACUGGAAGCUCAUCUGGUGGCUCGACGCUUGGAUUGGACUGUUUGGAGGUGAUGUGCUCAACGCCGAUAAGGACGAUUAG